CGGGAGCGGAGGCGGCGGCGGGGAGGCGGAGAGGAGCAGCAGGAGGAGCAGGGGCGCGCAGCCGGCGGGUCCACGCAUCUCGGCACUUCCAGAGCAACUCCGGCGCCUUCCAUACCCCUGCCCGGGGCUGGGGGCUCCGAGAGCGGCCGCGAAGCCCUCCCGAUCGUCCCCCCACCCCGAGCCCUGCCCAGCCCUGCCCUGCGCCUCCCGGGCUCCGCUCCGCGCGGCAGGGUCCCGGCUCCUGCGCCCCGGGCGCGCCUCCCGGACACCCCGGUCCCCGCAGCCAGGACAAAGCCAUGAAGCCGGCGCUGCUGGAAGUGAUGAGGAUGAACAGAAUUUGCCGGAUGGUGCUGGCCACUUGCUUGGGAUCCUUUAUCCUGGUCAUCUUCUAUUUCCAAAGUAUGUUGCACCCAGUCAUGCGGAGGAACCCCUUCGGUGUGGACAUCUGCUGCCGGAAGGGGUCUCGAAGCCCCCUGCAGGAACUCUACAGCCCAACCCAGCUGGAGCUCUCGAACACCGCCGUCCUGCACCAGAUGAGGCGCGACCAGGUCACGGACACCUGUCGCGCCAACAGCGCCCUGAGCCGCAAGCGGCGGGUGCUGACCCCCAGCGACCUGAAGCACCUGGUGGUGGACGAGGACCACGAGCUCAUCUACUGCUACGUGCCCAAGGUGGCGUGCACCAACUGGAAGCGGCUCAUGAUGGUGCUCACCGGGCGGGGCAAGUACAGCGACCCCAUGGAGAUCCCGGCCAGCGAGGCGCACGUGGCGGCCAACCUCAAGACGCUGAACCAGUACAGCAUCCCAGAAAUCAACCACCGCUUGAAAAGCUACAUGAAGUUCCUGUUUGUGCGCGAGCCCUUCGAGCGCCUGGUGUCCGCCUACCGCAACAAGUUCACGCAGAAGUACAACACGUCCUUCCACAAGCGCUACGGCACCAAGAUCAUCCGGCGGCAGCGCAAGAACGCCACGCAGGAGGCGUUGCGCAGGGGUGACGACGUGCGCUUCGAGGAGUUCGUGGCCUAUCUCAUCGACCCGCACACGCAGCGCGAGGAGCCCUUCAACGAGCACUGGCAGACCGUGCACUCGCUCUGCCAUCCGUGCCACAUCCACUACGACCUCGUGGGCAAGUACGAGACGCUGGAGGAGGACUCCAACUACGUCCUGCGGCUGGCGGGCGUGGGCAGCUACCUGAGGUUCCCCACCUAUGCCAAGUCUACGAGAACUACUGACGAGAUGACCACAGAGUUCUUCCAGAACAUCAGCUCGGAGCACCAAACGCAGCUAUACGAAGUCUACAAACUCGAUUUUUUAAUGUUCAAUUACUCAGUGCCAAGCUACCUGAAGUUGGAGUAAAGGGGGCGUGGGGAGAGGGGAGAGAAUCGUGCUUUUUAAUUUAAGAUGUUUAUUUGUCAAAAGAAAUUAUAUGGAUAUUGGGUUAUUUUGUAAAGUAAUAUUUCUUUGGGGAAUGAUGCUGCGAGCAGCAUGGUUGAGAAUUAUUUAAAAUCCUUAGUAGGGAAGGACGGCUGUCUUUGCAGGGGAAUAGGUUGGGUGUGUCCUUGUGCCUAGACGUGAAUACCUGCAACACUGCCUCAGAGGUUUCCUUGUGCUCUGGUGAAUUCCACAAAUUGUGCAUCCCAGAAAUUCUAAUUAAUAUUAUUUAUCGUUAUUUAAACAUGGUCUCUGUGUAGAUUUCUUUCUGUGGCAG